GAGUGAGAGACAGAGAAGGAUAGAGAGAAGAUGUCAGCGUCUCUUUCGUUUGUUGGGUCUUCACAACAGCUAUGGAUGCGUCCCAAGUUUGCAGGAGUGUCCUCCCCAAGGCCUCAAUCCCAGUCUCUAGUUAUUGAAGCCAAGGCCACUACCAAAAGAGAAGACAGGACCGCUCGCCAUACUCGUAUCAGAAAGAAGGUUGAAGGGACUACUGAAAGGCCAAGACUAUGUGUCUUCCGCUCCAACAAGCAUCUCUAUGUCCAAGUGAUUGAUGAUACCAAGAUGCAUACACUUGCUUCAGCUUCAACAAUGCAGAAGCCCAUCUCUGAGGACUUUGACUUCACUUCUGGUCCAACCAUUGAAGUAGCAAAGAAAGUGGGAGAAGUCAUUGCAAAGUCAUGUUUGGAGAAAGGGAUCACAAAGGUAGCCUUUGACCGAGGUGGCUACCCGUAUCACGGACGUGUGGAAGCUCUUGCAAAUGCAGCUAGGGAGAAUGGCCUUCAAUUCUGAAAACCUAGGUGGGAAAUUGUUACUUUUCAAAUUGUUGUACCAUCUUGUUUCCUUUCAUUUUUGUAAAAUCUUGAGAUGGAAGAAUGUAUCAUUUGUAAACAGAGUUGUUGCUCAUCCUAGUUAAUUGAAGUUGAAAAUUUGAC